CCGCUCGGUUGUGUGAGCUGUGUGGAUGGCUGUGAUGUUUUUCCUGUAAUCCGGAGAAGUGUUUUGUAGAAACAAUAUUUCGAGCCUGUUCUUGAGUAUUGAGAAAUGGCCGGCACCACGUACACGGCUGCGCUCAGAGGAGGUGGUCCGUGGGGUUUUCGACUACAAGGUGGCAAAGAUUUCGGUAGUCCAUUGGCCAUAUCAAAGGUAACACCAGGCUCCAAAGCUGGUGUUAGUGGAAUAGCAUCAGGGGAUUAUGUCUUAGAAGUGAACGGGUUUUCAUCGGAUAACAUGACUCACUUCGAUGCUCAAGAUGCCGUUAGAAGGGCAGGGCAAAAUCUCGACCUACUUCUUCAAAGGAAAUCAGGUCCCAAAACAAUUGAAGUAACAGAUGUAGUCCACUCAGCAAAGGUUGAUCACAAAUUCAAUGCAAUGGCAAAGCCUUUUGGGGCAUCGUCUUCACCAUCUCAGCUCUCACAGCCUCAAGCUGCCACAACUGGCCGCACAUCUCCAGCAGGUGGUGGAAGCUCAUGGCAACCACCACCUGUUCAGGCACAGCGUGCUCCUGCUUCAAGAACUGGACCUGUGGGUGUGACAGCCCAGCCAGUCCCCCCACCACCAGCUCCCCCCUCAGUUUCACAGUCCAGGGGAGGCUAUGAUCAAACAGACAGAGGAGUGCCCAGACCCAGCCAAGAUGACAGAGAUCUUGCUGACCGUUUUAAACUGAACAUAAGUGAUGAUGGGGAUGUGGCCUUUGCUGACGAACCGCCAACUUGGGGGCAUCCUCCAGAUCCAAAAGUCCAGUCCAAAUCAUUUAAGUUACUUCAGAGACACCUUGAUCACCAAGAAGAAGAUGAUCUACCUCCCCCUCCCCCAGAAGCCUUUCAUGACCCAGAUGAUGAUGAUGAGAAGCACGUACAAUCUCGAACAUUCAAGAUGCUUCAAGACGCUGUUGAGGCUGGAGAAGCACCAGGGAGUGUCUUUGAUAGGCCAAAAGGAGACCGUCCCAAACCAUCCAACUCUGCGCUUCCUAAAAUGUACAGACCAACCCCACCUGUAAUAAAACCUGCCCACAGUAUGCCUGUAGCUCCACCAGCUCCAGUCAUGGCACGACCAGGGCAGCCUCAGCCUGUCGCUCUCCCAGGGAUGGUUCAAAUGAGUCAACCUGUUGCACCACCUCAACCAGUCCGUAGUCCAUCACAGAAGCUGCCAUCAUCUGCAUCUCCUGCAGCAGUGUCCCCCACCUCCUCACCAGGCCAACCAGAGUGGAAGAGGACGCCCACUAAGCCUCCUCCUUCAAAUCCAGUUGAGGAGACAAGAACUCCUUUCUGUGAUGCCUGUGGAGAGGAAGUCUUUGGACCUUUUGUGAGUGCAAUUGGCAAGGCAUGGCAUCCGCACCAUUUUGUCUGCGACGGAUGUGGGGAGUCACUUCAGAACCAGGGCUUCAUUGAAGAAGGAGGAAAGCUUUACUGUGAAAAGGACUUCAAUCAAUAUUUUGCUCCUCAUUGCGACACUUGCAAGCAGCCUAUAAGUGGGCCUUGUGUUCAAGCGGUUGGCAAGACUUUCCAUCCCGAGCAUUUUAUCUGCAGUCACUGUGGUAAAUCCAUCGGGUCUGAGGGCUUCAAUGUUGAUCGAGGAAAACCUUACUGCGAAGAGGAUUACAAGAAACUGUUCUGUGUGAAAUGUAGUCUGUGCAAGCGGCCGAUCGGCGGCGGAGAACGAUGGGUGGAGGCCAUGGGUGAACCUUGGCACGCUUCUUGCUUUAAAUGUCAGCAUCCAGGUUGCAUCAAACAUCUAGAAGGAAAUCAAUUUUAUCAAUAUGGCGGCAGGCCUUACUGUGUGCUGCACGGCGCUCCUUAAAUCACUUCAAUGGAAAGGAAAGCAAGGGGUUAUCUCUGCCUCACCCUACCCCUGCUAAAGAGUAAUAAGCGUUAUUAAUUUGCAUGAUAAUUUUCACAGCUUGUAAUAAAUUAUGCAGAUACGAAUUGGGGCAUCAGGUCGAUUUGUAAUCUGUAUGUGAUAAUUGAACUUUUGAUAGGUAAGGUUUUAAUUAUCAAACUAAAACAAACUCAAAAAAGGUAAUGGUAUAAUGUUUGUAUAACUAAGUGUAGUUUAAUCAGAUCUUUUUAUAGUUAAGUCAACAAAGUGUAGUUAAGGUAUAAUCAGACUAAGGGAGCAUCAGCCGAUAAACGAAGCUGCAAUCUUCAGAUGUCAAAUUAUUUCAUAAUUUUUCUUUGCUCCUUGUGAAUCGUUCAUUAUCCAUCCGAAGGGCUUCUUUGAGAAAUCAGUGAGCCCGCAGUUGUGUAAUUUGUUGGUUAGCGGGGUUGCCAUGCGACGUAGCGUAUUUUUGCAGUAAGAUGACAUCAAGGCACCCCCCGGAAUGUGCUUCGAUGGCGUUAGAAAACUUUAGAAGGAAACUUGACGUGAAGAAGAUUUUGGUUUGUACAUGUUGAUGCUCCCUCAAAAAAAUCUUGGUCAGAGAAUUUGAAUUUACAGUGUUGCAGCAACUGUUUCUAAAGUGAGCUGGUAGAACAUUAAUGUUAGUUUGGUGAUCAAAGUUUUAGCUUAGUUGGUGGGGGUAUAGGGCUGUUAACAGAGCUCGGGUUUUCUUUUGAUGUCUUACAAGUAUUUGUUUUUCCUUUUUUUGUUUGUUUGUUUUUUUUGCGACAAUUACAAAACAAAAUGCUCAAAUUUCAAUGCCAUGUUCGGCAAUACAAAAUCCCGUUUGUUGUUCCUGGAGAUUUUUAUAGGCAGGUACCUAUUCCACCUUGCAUUGACAUCAUGCUGCAAAUCUCCUAAAAAUUUUCGACCCAAAAAAUUGCUUGAGGCAAUUGUCUCAAAAGCGAGUCAGUUGUCUCAAAAGGACCAGUUACGUCAUGGAAAUCUAAAGCCAAUAGAAUUUCGAGUAGGUAAUAAAGUAGGGUGACCUUUGUAACAAGCAAACAUUGGACAAGGCUCGGUUCAAAUAGAUAUUGAUUUGACUAGAGUAGUAAUUUAUGUUGUUUUUCCCUAAGAGAUGACAGUUAAUAUAAAUGAAUUCUGGGUGUUAGGAUAUGUAGGUAGUUAGAAUUUACCCAAUAGUCUAUAUGAUUUUGAACGGAAGGCGAGUGUCCAAGAAAUUUCUUAAUGUUGCUCAGUCAGAGGCUGGUUAGGUGCAUCGAAACAAUUAUAGGUACAAAAAACACUGCUUUUCCCCUUUCACUCCCACAGUGGCCACGUUCAAGUUGAUAAACUUCGAAGUUAAAUCUUGCGAUGCUGUCAAAACGACAGGUCCUCUUAAGAGAAGUGCCCAGUAGCUUUUCAUUUCAUAAAUGGUCACACACUAGUAUUUCAUUCACAGACCUUACAGUUGGAACAACGUUACUUUGCACAGCAUAGUAACUGGUACUGUACCACGUUAAAAUACUGCUCCAUAGCUUUCAUUUGAAUGGUUACACAUUUGGGUUUUAUCAACAGACCUAAAGUUAGAACAACCUUGUGCAGAAUAAAAAUAAACGUUACCACGUGAAAGUACUACUUAAUAGCUUUUAUUUGAAUAGUUACACGCCAAGGUUUCAUCUACAGUUCUUAAAGACAGAGCAACCUUGUACAGCGUAAUUAAAAGUAUCAGACUAAGGUGCCGCUCAAAAGCUUUCAUUUGAAUGGCCACACGCUAUGGUUUUAUCCACAUUCUUAAGUUCAGAAUCCCCUUAUUGACGUGGAAGUGAAAGGGCUGGAAAGCGCGCUGCCAACUAAGUGGGUUCUUUUUUGAACUAAUAGUAAACAUAAGAUAAGCCCGCGAGAAACAUUGCUGUUUGACGUAUUUCUUAAAAUUUAACUUUAAUCUGGGGCUAGCGAGGAAAUUUGCCGGAAAGAAGAAAUGCCGAACUGCUGUAGACGGGUUUAUGAUCAAGUUGAUCAUGUUUUUCCAGUAAGCUGUAAUUAGUUUCUGUAGUCAAGAUGACGAGGUUAUUCUAUAGUUUUGUAAUGCGUGCAUGUCGAAAUUAAGGCAAGUAGUUUUUCUCCAAGAACGAAGACUUGGGUCUAUAUUUCUGUAAUAAAGUUACAGUUCAAAGAA